UCUCUCUCCACCAGCCCUACUGCUCUGUUAAUAGGUCACCCAUUAAUCCUGAAGGAAGGCCGGUCUACACAGAAACAUUGACACGCCAUCAAAAUAAAAAGCCCAGCAGAAUCCAGAUCCUCUCUCUUCUGCCCCUGCUUCCUGCAAGCCGUCAGCCAUGGGUAAAGGCUACUACAUCAGCAAGACCCUGGGCAUCGCUGGGAUUGUGAUUGGUGCCGGGGCUGUGGCCACCAUCAUCGCCCUGUCUGUAGUCUACUCUCAGGAGAAAGCCAAGAAUGUGGAGAGUGCCAGGCCCACUGACAGUGUCACCACAACCACCGCUAAGGCAACAGUGACUACCACCACUAAGCCAGCAGUGACUACCACCACUAAGCCAGCAGUGACUACCACCGCUACGCCAACAACCACUGCCCAACCCCAGAACCCGUGGAACAGAUACCGGCUGCCUGACACCCUGGCUCCCGUGCACUAUGAUUUGACCAUCUGGCCUCGACUCAAGCCUGACACGAAUGGCAUGUACAUCUUCACAGGGAGCUCCUCUGUCAUCUUCAAGUGUCUCAAGGCUACAGACCUGAUUCUCAUUCACAGCAACAAGCUCAACCUGACCUUAUCGAACGGGGUUCAUGCAAAGCUGGAAGGCAACGGUGGCUCAAAUGCACCACCACUGCAACACACCUGGCUGGAGGUGAAGACCCAGUAUCUCGUGGUUCAGCUCCAAAACAGCCUUGAAGCUGGGAAGUCAUACAAACUCAUCACUGAUUUUCAAGGCGAGCUGGCAGAUGACUUAGCAGGCUUCUACCGCAGCGUAUAUACGGAGGAGGAUGGAACUCAGAAAGUGGUCGCCACUACUCAAAUGCAGGCAGCAGACGCUAGAAAAGCCUUCCCCUGCUUUGAUGAGCCUGCCAUGAAAGCCACCUUCAACAUCACAGUGAUUCACGACCGCGGUACUGUGGCUCUGUCCAAUAGUUUGGACUAUGAGGUGAAGGAUGAUGUCAUCGAUAGUGUGUCUGUAACCGUCACUAAGUUUAAAACCACAGAGAAAAUGUCAACAUACCUUUUGGCCUUCAUAGUCAGUGACUUUGGACAGAUUAAUAACACAAUCCAGGAUGUUUUGGUUCGAAUCUGGGCUCGCAAGAAAGCUAUUGAAGACAAACAAGGAGACUAUGCCUUGAAUGUGACAGGCCCAAUUCUGAACUUUUUUGAAACGUAUUACAAUGUAACAUACCCCCUACCAAAAUCAGACCAGAUAGCUCUUCCCGACUUCAAUGCUGGAGCGAUGGAAAACUGGGGCCUGAUAACCUACAGAGAAACCGCACUUUUGUAUGAUGAUUCUUUCUCCUCCAAUGGGAACAAAGAGAGAGUCGCGACUGUCAUUGCCCAUGAACUGGCACACAUGUGGUUUGGAAACCUGGUCACCCUGAAGUGGUGGAAUGACCUCUGGCUGAACGAAGGCUUUGCCUCCUAUGUGGAAUAUCUGGGAGCAGAUUUUGCUGAGCCUGACUGGAAUAUUAAAGACCUGAUUGUCCUGAACGAUGUGCACAGGGUGUUUGCGGUGGACGCUCUGGCUUCCUCUCACCCUCUCUCCUCAACGGAAGACGAGAUCCAAACGCCGGCGCAAAUCAGCGAGCUUUUCGAUUCCAUCUCUUACAGCAAGGGGGCUUCAGUGCUGCGGAUGCUGUCCGAUUUCCUGACAGAAGGCGUGUUUGUCAAAGGGAUUAACGCAUACCUGACUCAUUUUUCAUUUAAUAACACAGUAUAUACAGACCUCUGGGAUCACUUGGAAACAGCCGUGGACAACAAAUCUUCAUUGCCAGCUACUGUAGAACAAAUCAUGAACCGCUGGGUUCUUCAGAUGGGCUUCCCAGUUGUUACCAUUGAUACCACAUCUGGACAGAUAUCCCAGAAACACUUCCUUCUGGACCCUGACUCAGUUGUCAACAGAACAUCAAUAUACAAUUACGUAUGGUACAUCCCUAUGAGCUGGAUGAAGAGUGGAGAAAUACAGACUAGAUACUGGCUGCUCAAUUCCUCAAACACCAAUCAAAACAUGAUAAUGAGCAACACAGACUGGUUGCUUGCCAACAUCAAUGUAACUGGAUACUUCAGGGUGAACUAUGAUGAGAACAACUGGAACAAACUCCUCAGGCAGCUGGAAGUUAAUCAUGAGAACAUCCCAGUUAUUAACAGAGCUCAACUGGUGGAUGAUGCAUUUAAUCUGGCAAGGGCAAAAAUUAGAUCCACAGUGUCAGCGUUGAGUACAACCAAAUAUCUCUCCAACGAGACAGAGUACAUGCCCUGGCAGUCGGCCAUCGAUAACCUGGGUUACUUCUUCCUCAUGUUCGACCGCACCGAGGUGAACGGACCAAUGCAGGCCUACCUCAAAAAACAAGUUUCCCCGCUAUUUAAAUACUUUGAAAAUAUCACUUUCAAUUGGACAGUCAUCCCUGAAGGACACACUGAACAGUACAACCAGGUGAAUGCCAUCAAAGUUGCAUGCAGCAAUGGGCACAAGGAGUGUCAGGAGCUGGCAACCAAAUUGUAUGGGGAGUGGAUGGCCAACCCUCAAGUCAACCCGAUCCACCCAAAUCUAAGGACAUCGGUGUACUGCAGCGCCAUAGCCACUGGAGGGACUGAGGAAUGGAACUUUGGCUGGAGGAUGUUCACUAGUUCCACCAUUGCUACAGAAACGGACAAGCUGCGGGCGGCGCUGGCUUGCAGUAAGCAGCCCUGGCUGUUGAACAGGUAUCUGGAAUACACCUUGGACUCCCAGAAAAUCAGAAAGCAGGAUGCCACUUCUACCAUUGUCUAUGUUGCCAACAACGUGGUGGGUCAGUCUUUGGCCUGGGACUUUAUCCGAGCACAUUGGUCAUUCAUAUUCACCCAGUAUGGAGGUGGAUCAUUCUCAUUCUCAAACCUCAUAAGUGGGGUGACUAAGAGGUUUUCAACAGAGUUUGAGCUCAGACAGCUGGAGCAGUUCCAGAAGGACAAUGCGGACGUGGGCUUCGGCUCAGGCACUCGGGCCCUGGAGCAGGCGAAAGAGAGAACCCGCGCCAACAUCAAGUGGGUGAAAGAAAACAAAGACGCGGUGCUGAAGUGGUUCACCGAAGCAUCUGCGUGAGCGCCUGAUUCCCGGAGAACAGUGAGGAAGGGCGUCCAUGGGAAACGGGAACAAACUGGCCCUGGUUUGCAAGAGGUUUCGGCAGUUUAAAGCACUGUGCGGAAGGGGUGGUUUUCUUCAUUACCCUGCUUGGCUGUGCUUAAAAGCCCAGUUGCACCACUGUUGCCUGGAGACUGGGAGAAACUAACUCCAGCCAAAGACCGUCUCAAAUUACUCCCUCUGAAAGCCACACCAAAGUCAAGAGACUCAACCCCAACUUCAGAAACACAGCCCCUGUAUAAACCCUGUCUUUCAUAAUCUAGGCGAGAAGAAACAAUUCCAAUUUCCCAAUCAUCUCAUCCAUCGCAAUGGCUGACAACCCCACCCAUUACAUAACCUAUAAUUUCACUCCCUUCACUCCCUCUUUGCUGAACCACCUUGUACACUGUGUUAAUAAUUGUACAUAUCUGAAGAAACACCUGCUUAUUGGAAUGUAUUUCUCUACCUUAAUGUGAAGAUUGUUUUUAAAUACUUCUUAAUUGUUAACCAGAAGUUAUGUGAAUACAUCUUGCACUGAACCCAGAAGUUCAGUUAAAAGGGCACUAAACUCCAAAAUAUUAUUUUUCUCAAGGUAGAAGUUUUAUAGCUGGCAAACUGAACUCUAGAUUUAUUUUUGUAUUAAUCUUUAAAUAAUUACUUCAAGAUACUGUACAUUGAUGUGAAAGAUAAGGAUUUGUGCUGAGUGACUCCUACCGCAAUUUGUUAAAUUUGUUAAAUUUGUUAAAUCCUACCGCAAUUUGUUAAAUUAAAUUCAAUUAUGCAUAUCCAA